CCAGCUUAUUACUUACCACUACCAUCUGCCGCCGCUCCCAAUGGCAAACCCCCAACCCUUCCGCACUCCUCCGGGCCGCGCUCCCGCUCUCCCCCCGGCCGCCGCCGCAACGGCCACAACCACGACCUCGGCCAUGAACCACAUGUCGCACCCCGACGCGCCCUUCCCCGCGCCCAACGCCCUCGCCGCGGCCACGACGAGCCACACGCAGCGCCGCUUCCUCAUCUCGACGCGCAAGCUCCCCAUCUCCAAGUCGGGCGCCAUCGACGCGCUGACGGAGCGCAUCGGCAUCCCCAUGCCCGAGAUGAUCUUUGGCGACAACGUGGCGUCGGUCCGGCACGUCCCCUCGGGCUGGUCCAUCGAGUUCAACACCCCCGACGCGCUCGACGCCGUCGACAAGACGGACCGCUGCGUACUCAAGGUCGCCUACGCGCGCGACUGGGAGAGCACCCGCGAGGGCACCACUGCCGGCAUCAAGGAGGUGGUCAAGCCCUACGACUGGAGCUACUCGACCACGUAUCGCGGCACCGUCCAGCAGCAGCAGCAGCAGCAGCAGCAACCGUCCCAGGGGCAACCCGCCGCCGCCACUGCCGCCACCGCCGGACAGGCCCCGAGCUUCCAGCCCACAGACAAGAAGAUCCCCAUCGAGCUCCUCAAGCGGCGCGACCCCAUCCUCUUCUUCGACGAGGUCGUCUUGUACGAGAGCGAGCUCGACGACAACGGCAUCUCCCUCUACAGCGUCAAGGUCCGCGUCCACGCCCAGCGCAUGCUGCUCCUGUGCCGCCUCUUCAUGCGCCUCGACAACGUCAUCGUGCGCAUCCGCGACACGCGCGUCUACGUCGACUUUGACACGGACGAGGUGCUCCGCGAGUACACGGAGAAGGAGUCCAACUUUGACGACGUCAAGAAGGCAUUGGUCAUGUCUGGACGCCUGCCAGACGACGUCACCAUCGGGCUGCGAGAUCCAAACAUCCUGGAUCCGCUGCUCAAGGUCGUGGAGCAGAAGACCGACAGCAUCAGCCUGGCGCACGUCAGCUCCCCUGCGACAGCAGGCUACGGUACUUAGCGGCAGAGUGCCAAAAACGCAACAAGAAGCGUCGACUGUAUUCGCAUGAGCGUCAGGGCGUUGGGGAGUCAAACAGUCAAAGAAUUGGUUUUUUGUUUUGUUUCCGGUAGCGGUCCUCGCAAAAAUCUAUUCCAGCAGGACACAGGCAAACAUGAUAUAAAGAAUAGCCCCAUGGCUCGCCUCAAAGGAGUCUGCAGACCCACAGCCCAUGCUGUUACAUGUCGUGAAGCUCGAGUGCGCCAAAGAUCGUCCAUUCUCCGCCCCCUGCCAACACCGACACUCGCAAGCACGCACCCAAAUGCCCAAUGAUACUCCAAAUACGCUUAGGGUCCAUGAGAA